AUGCUCACACACACUCCCAUUCACAGCCUCACUGUCGCUACGGCGUGUCUUCUGCUCCGCCCCGGUGACCGCCUCGUGCCUAGACGGGUACACGUCGAAUCCGUCCUCCCUUCGGGCUGGCACGACUGGGCAACAGUAGCAACCCAACACCGUCUACCCUGGUAC